AUGCCAACCAAUCCACCUAAACCCAACACAGUCACUAUCAAUUAUCAAGACCCUUACACUCUAAACGCAAUAAAAAAUGCAAUCCAAAACAAACUACCUCAGCUUCAAGUGAUUGAGAAUUCGAAGCAGUCAGAUCAGAUAGAAAUUGGGGCAAUUCAAAUUUCCGAUUAUGAUAACAUUGAUUGGGAACUUGUUCAACGAUUUCCUAAAGAAGUCAUCGUAAAUGCUUAUCCAAUAAGAAAGGCAUUAAUUCGUAAAAAUUAUUUAUCUAAAACUUUAUAUUUUUAUUUUAAUAAGUUUAUACCUCAAACCUGGAGAUUUGAAUUAGCUUAUUUUGAUGAAUUAGAUGAAUUGUUUUUAGAUGAAUUAUAUGAAUUAAAUCAAGUUUUAUUAAAUCAAGAUUUAAAGAUUUCAAACUAUGAAGAUCAAGAAUGGUUUAUUUUAAAACCAGCUUUAGCUGAAAGAGGUCAAGGGAUUAGGUUAUUUAAUUCUAUUGAAGGAUUAGAAAAUAUUUUCAAAGAGUUUGAUCAAGAAGAUGAAGAUGAUGAUGAAGAAGAUGAAGAAAAUCUGGAUCAGACUGGGGUCUCUUCUUCAAAGAUGAGACAUUGGGUUAUUCAAAGAUAUCUAUCUAAUCCGCUUUUGAUUGGUCCGGCUGAUGUACCAAUCACUGAACGACGUAAACAUCAUUUACGGGUUUAUGUACUAGCAGUAGGAGCCUUGAGUGUUUAUGUCUACAAAGACAUCUUAGCACUCUUUGCCUCACAACCAUACACGAAACCAAGCUCUGAAAGCUUAAACCUAUCAUCUCACUUAACCAACACAUGUUUACAAAGCCCUACAGACCAACAAUCAACUGUUAAACUUUUAUCUACUUUAGCUAAUGAAUGGAAAGGAAUCGACUUGAAAUCGAUUGAAAACCAAAUUGAUGAAAUCGUGAAUCAAACUUUUUUAGCUGCAAAUAAAGAACCCGUUAAUUUUCAAACUAGAAAGAAUUGUUGGGAAAUCUUUGGAUUUGAUUUUUUGAUUGAUGAUUCAAUGAAAGUUUGGUUACUGGAAGUUAAUGCUUGUCCAGAUUUCAAACAAACUGGUGAUAAUUUAUCUAAUACAAUUUUAGGAUUAUUUGAAGGAGCAUUAGAAAUUGCUGUGAACCCGUUUAUUGAAGGUUCUACUAUUAAAGAAUGGAAUGCAGAGGAUAAGGAAGUUAGGUAUGGCUAUAGAAAGUGUUUAGAUAUCAAUCUUUUAGGUGGAAUCCAAUAG